AUGAAGCGUGAAGCCAUGGCCAGUCCUGCCGAUAGCAAGGAGAAGGUGGGUAGUGUAGACGGCGGCGUGAUAGAGGAGAAAACUAGUGAGGAUGUGGCCGCGGAAGGCGUGCAGUCUUCCUCUACAGCAACAGCGGCUCCACCCGCUGCUGCUGCCGCUGCAGCCGCAGCCCCAGCAGCUGCUGCCUCAGCCGGUGAACCAGCACCUGGCGAAGAGCUGACUAAGGUGACGGUGUUCAACGUGGGCAAGCACGCCACCCUGGCCCAGUUCGAGAAGAUCUUGAAGAACAACAGCGUCCAGUACAAGAGGGCGAAAAAGACUCCCUCCAUUACUCACGGCACGCUUACGUUCGAGACGGCGGAGCAACGCGCCGUGGCCAUGGAACAGCUCAGGAAGAUCGUGGGUGCGAGGGGGGGCGAGCUCAUGUUCGCGGUGCUGGCCAGGCAGAAGCAGAACAACGACAUCGGCAGGGGCAACAAGCGCAGCGCGAGAGACGGCGACGAUGAUGGGAGGGGCGGGGACGCGUCGAAACGCCCGCGCCAGGAGGCGGAGCGGAAAACGGUGGCACAGGCCACGGCAUCGCUAUACGGAGUCAAGACCUACCCCGAACAGCUGGCUUUCAAGGAAAAGACUCUCAUGGACGACCUCUUCCUGAAGCUGCCCAUUGUCAUCAGGAACGAAUGGGACAAGAGAUUCCGCGAGUGGAAGAGGAACCAGGGGAUGAAGCAGGGCGGUGGUGGGGGUACCCUGAACAAGCCGGCGGAGCUCCGUUGUCCGGCCUGGUGCAGGAUGUUCAAGCGCCGCGACGGGACCGUGCCCUUCGACGUGUCGCCCAUUGUCCCGGCUCCGGAGCCGGAGGGUUACAGGAACAAGUGCGAGUUCACCCUGAGUCUCUCCGAGGACGGGCUGGCUACGGCUGGGUUCCGUGCGGGUAGGUUCCAAGCGGGGGUACCCAUCACGGUGGAGUCACCAAAGGACUGUCCUCAGGUUCACGGAGACAUGAAGAAGCUUUGCGUGCAGAUGGACGCGUUCAUGAGGAGCUCGCCGUUUCCGCUCUACGACGAUGCGACCAAAAAGGGAGUGUGGCGUUUGCUCGUCGCCCGACGCUCGGCCGCAGACAAGGAAGGCAUGGCCAUGGUCGUCAUAAACCCCACGGAUGUGAAGGACACGGAGGAGUGGAAGAAAGAGGAAGAGCGCCUCGUGAAGGAGUUGUCCGCCGGGGCUCAAGGAGAGGAAGGAACGAAACUGGUGUCUUUGUGGGUGCAGGAGUACGCGGGACUGUCAUCCCCAGACGAGACAUCGCCGAUGCGCUUGCUGUGGGGUAAGGAGCGGUUGGAGGAGGAGCUUCUCGGCCUCCGCUUCACCAUCUCGCCAAACUCCUUCUUCCAGGUGAACACGAAAGGAGCUGAGGCGUUGUACAAGGUGGUCAUCGAGAACCUUGAACUCGGUGAUGAUGCGGUGGUGUUGGAUGUAUGCUGCGGGGCCGGGACGAUAGGAAUCUGCGCCGCUGCGGCUGGCGGGGCGAAGCAGGUUUACGGAUCGGAUAUUUGCCUCCCGGCGAUCGAGGAUGCUCGGCGUAACGCCCUGGCAAACGGCAUCGAUAACUGCGAGUUCGUGUGUGGCAAGGCGGAGGCCGUGGUGGCCGGCCAGAUAGCGAAUGCUUUCAAGCAACACAAGGCAAGUCUUGGUGCACCGGCAGCAGGGGCAGGCGAAGAAGGGAGCACCGCGUCCCCCGCCGCUGCUCCUGCUGCCACUGGCGAGCUCAAGUUUGCGGCCAUUGUAGACCCCCCACGCUCGGGCGUUCAUGCCAAGUGUUUACGGUCGAUCCGGGGCACGAAGGCGAUCAAGAGGCUGGUGUACGUGUCGUGCAACCCCACCAAGUCCCUGGCGGCGGAUGCAACCAUCCUGUGCACUCCCGUUUCCAAGAGUACUACGGGGCUGCCCUUCCGGCCUGUCAAGUUCGGCGAAACCCGUGAUGAUGCGGAACGUGUGAACGUCGCGAGCCGAGGGAGCCCACCGUUUGUAUCCCUUACUUCAUGUCUGCGGUGUGGCGAGCCCGGAGAUCAAGCACGUGCCCCUAUGUAUGAGAGCACUACGCUUGACUUCGAGGGAACCAUAGGGUGGAAAUCCCAACAAGAUCAAUAA